AUGGACGCUGGGCAGCUGAAGGGAGAGGGCAAUGCGGCCUUCCGUAGACGGGACUAUGCGGAAGCGGUGCGGCUCUACUCGCUCGCGCUGGCCCGGCCGACGGCUGACACUGACUCCGCCGACCCCAUUGCCGAACAAGCGCUCACCAACAGGUCUCAUCCCCCCCCCCCGACUUUCGUCUUCGUUAUGUUGACUGUAAGCGCGUGUGGGAUGGCGACCGAGGCGCUGGCCGAUGCCGACCGCGCCAUCGCCCUCGCGCCACGGCAUGUCAAGGCCCACUACCGGAGGGGAGCGAGCCUGAUGGAGCUGCACCGCUAUCGGGAAGCCGUGGAGGCCCUCCAGGCGGCCGAAGCGCUCGAGGCCGCCGACCGCGACAUCACUCGUCAGCUCCGCCUCGCGCGCGAGUACCUCGCCCUGGCCGGCCACCUGCCCACCAAGGGCCGAGCGCUCUUCGCAACACGGACGCUUCGGCCCGGAGACCUGAUCCUGCGUUGCGCCCCCACAGCCGUGGUGUUGGACGACGAGUGCUUGCUGGAGUACUGCAGCCGUUGCCUUACGCCACUCGGCAGCGUCACGGGCCACGAGGCUCCCCCGUGCGCCGAUUGUCAGAUGCACGUCCUCUGCCUCUACUGCGCCGCGAACCAGACCCUUCUCCAACAGACCAAGAACCAGGGAUCCUAUCACAGGGACAUUCGGUUGGCGAUGCGCGCCUUGAUCUAUCGCGCCCGAGGCCACCAGCGAGAAAUCCUGCAGGACCACGAGAGGCCAAGCCCCGAAGCCGAAGGCAGUGACGACGACAACGACGAUACGGAAGAGGCGAAUGGAGAGAUGGAGGGAUGGUGGACGCGAGACGCAAGCGAGGCGGCGUUCGACGGUCGGUCGCUGGUGGAGCACCACGACCGACUGGCAGCUGAGGUGCGGGAGGGGUUUCGGCAGCAGGCCCGCAACGUGCGGUGGCUGGCCGCCCAUGGACCCGGCCUCGCGCUCCCCGACGCCGACGAGACCGUCGCGCGCCUCUUCGCAGUGGCCCAGGCCAACGCGCUCACCCUCACCGACCCCUCGUCCCUGCGGCCCAUCGGUCAGGGUCUCUACGCCUCGGCAGCGCUGCUCAACCAUUCGUGCCUGCCCAACGCCAACUGGUCUGUCGACGGUGAGGGCCGGCUGUGCGUGCGGGCCGUGCGGCCGAUCGAGGCGGGCGAAGAGGUGACGGUGGCCUAUGUCGACCCCACGCUGCCCUACCACGCCCGUCAGCAGGCGCUGCAGGACCACUUCUUCUUCGCCUGCCGCUGCCUCCAAUGCCGGCCGCCGCCUCUCGCCCUCCGUCGAUUGGUCUCUCUCUCUGAAAAGCUUGGCCUGUUGGUCGGGUUCAGGGACCACUUCGUGGCGGAUGAGCUGAUGGUGAUGGUCAAGUGCCCCAACACAAUGGACGAUGACCGCAGCGGCAGCGACAAUGACGACGCCGACGACCAACACGAACAGCAGCGGGAGGAGAACGUGAGCAUAUGCGGGCACGGGAUGGUCACCAUCGCCGUACGCCCCACGAGCGGCGACACCAACGACGAGUGCGAGGGCCGGCUCGAGUGCGUGGAGUGCGGGUACGAGCUGCCGGGCGACUACGCGCGGUCGGUCGAAGCCCUGGUCAGCGAGCGGGCGCUCGCGCGACUCACACGGCGCGACGAGGCCGCUGAUGCUGGCGAUACGACUGAGACGGCCGAAACCGAGUACGCGGGGCUGGUGGAGGCGAUCGAGGAGGGCAUGGGCCUGCUGCACCCGUGCCACCAGUCGCUGCGGACGAUGGUCGAGCACCUCCACUUCGCCGCCCACGCGCGGGGCGACGCGCUGAUGCAGGUCUACGCCGCGCAGACCCUCGUUCACACAUUCCACGCAUACCUCCGACAUCCGCGGCUCCACCUCCACGUCGCACUCCUCCACCUCCUCUCUGGCCACGCCCUCAUCUCGGCCUCUACCAUCGGCACCACACCAACUUCAUCUUCAUCAUCAUCGUCACCACUUCAUCAACUUCAUCAUCAAUCCAGCGCGGCAUCGUGGUCGUCAGACGAGUCGCCGCUGCGCCUGGGCGUGCCGUCGGUCUUUGCCGCACGGCUGGGGGCCGAGCGCGAGAACUGGCCCGCGAUCGGGACCGAGUACCUGCGCACGGCCCGCCGGCACCUCCGGCUCCUCCUGGGCCGGCGACACUGGCUGCCCCUCGCCGCCGGGCGCUGUCUCAAGGGCCAGUGCCACCGGCGGCAGCCCGCCUCCGCCUCCGCCUGCGCAUUGGUCCAGGCCUACAUCUGA